CACUUUGUUAUCCAAAGUACAACAUGAGGCCUCAAGAAGAACCAAAGAGGGUCUCUAAUGGUUCGUUGGCCAAGAAGGAGAAUAAGGUAGUGAGGUAUAGAGAGUGCAGGAAGAACCAUGCAGCAAACAUCGGCGGUUACGCGGUAGACGGUUGUAGAGAAUUCAUGGCUUCUGGAGAGGAAGGAACCAGUGCUGCCCUAAGGUGUGCUGCUUGUAGUUGCCACAGGAGCUUCCAUAAGAGGGAGGUGGAGAGUGACAGUUUCUGUGACUGCUCCUCAGAUUCCACCACUAAGAAAUGACUCAUUUCUGCCAGAAUUGAUGAUAUGGGAUUUUGAAGUUGAAAGAGAGUCAGAAUUAAAGCUUCUUCAGUAGGAUUAGAGAGAUUUAAAAAACAACAAAAAUAU